UGUAGCUGGGCAGGUAUACUACCUUUAUAUCUCAGGCAUUCUCAACACACCUUCUUCACAGAAAGACUGUGAUUUACAGCAGACACAUUGCCGGACAGCCAUGGAAAGUUGCAAUGCUUUCUAUGAAACUGGAAUUGGUGUGUUUGACAACCAAGCAGGACAGUUCAACCAAUUGCCUUCAUGUCUAUACAGCAUACCUUGCUCUGGUCAGCAGAAUUGGGAGAUGACACUGGUACACACCAGAGACAAUGACAAAGUGACAGAUUGUUUAUAUGAUCCGUGUUCUGUGCCAUUCUAUAACAGUGCCCAGUCUGAGAUUGCUCACUUUCUUCCUGUCACUCAAACCCCAGCAACUGUUGAAGAGGACUCUGAAAGUUGUCAUUAUCCUUGGAUGAAAUCAACUAAAUUCCAUCCCAGUAACAUCAGUGUGAAUUGGGAAGGUGAUCCUUUUAUUGAUACAGAACCAGAUGAUUCGAAAAGGAUACGUACAGCAUACACUAGAUCUCAACUACUGGAACUGGAGAAAGAGUUCCUAUUCAAUCGAUACAUUACCAGGCCCCGUAGAGUCGAACUUGCUGCCCUUUUGUGUUUGACAGAGAGACAUAUAAAGAUUUGGUUCCAGAACAGGAGGAUGAAGUGGAAGAAAGAAGAAGCCCAACGAUUAAGAAAAGAAAUGACAGCAUCAAGGCACAAGAAAGUUUGUUUAACUCAACAGUGAAGUCUUUUACACCAAACAAAUAUAUAUAUAUGUUCAAAAGCAAAUUAUUUAUUUGUGUGGGAUAGUCCUUGCAUCCAUUGUGCAUGAAUUCUGGUUCUUGCUUUCAAAUCUUUACAUAAUGCUGCUCCCACCUAUCUAUCCUCCCUAAUACACAAAUAUGUCCCGUCUAGUCCCCAACGCUCUGCCAAAGACCUGCGUCUAUCCUCUGUUUGUACUCCCACCUCUGAUGCUUGCCUUCAAGACUUCUCUAGGGCUGCACCGUUCCUGUGGAACUUCCUUCCCUUUUCUGUUAGAUGC